AUGUUGCUUGUCAUGCUCAGACAAACUCCAAAUUUAUUGAAAGACAUAGAGCUAAUAAAGGAGAACGAACUCUCAAUUUUCCUUUUCACGAUUUUAAUGGAGCUCAAGUUUCUAAUAGUCUUGGAUGAUAUCUGCACCAAUGAUGACUGGCUCAAAUUUGUGCGUCCCUUUGCAGACGCUGCGAAUGGUAGCAGAGUCACAAUCACUACUCGUGACUCUAAGGUUGCGUCGGAGGUAGAUCCGUGGAGUCAUCCUCUGAAUCUAAUGCAGUUAACAGAAGAGGAUACUUGGGCAUUGUUCUUGAACAAAGCGUUUCCAGAAAAUAGUUCAGAGAAUAAUUUAAACAAUGUCAAGGCUGAAAUUCUGAGUUUAUGUCGCGGUUUGCCUAUGGCUAUUGUCUUGUUGGGAGGCUUGUUGUCGACUGUGAAAUUAAGCGAGUGA